GCGUGCCAACGUUCGCCCCGCUCUCCAGCUCCUAGAUGGGGGGGUGCUCGAGAGAGUUGGGCAGAAUGGGCGCUAGCAGGUGGGGAAGUGAAGGAAAAUUGCGUGAAGAUGGAGGCCUUUAGCUGGGACUGCAGAAAGUCCGCAGGGACGUGGCCGGGAUGGUAGGCGCGAAGCCUGCAAGACUCAGUAAAGGACGAGGGGGUUGAGACCUACCCUUAAGGGAAAGCCAGUAGUAAGAGUUCUUCAGUGGAAAAGUGAUGAGAUGGCAGGAUGGAGAGAAACAAGAUCUUUUCCAGUAAGACAGCCACGGACUGUGGGGCACAUGAAGUAUAAGUCGGUUCCCGAUUCUGGUCCCCGGCCCCCAGCAGCGCCUGCCCCCUUCCCACCGGGGCCCCCCAUGAUGCCACCACCCUUCAUGCCCCCUCCAGGAAUCCCCCCACCCUUUCCUCCGAUGGGGCUACCCCCCAUGAGUCAGAGACCACCAGCCAUCCCUCCCAUGCCACCUGGCAUUAUGCCCCCAAUGCUUCCACCAAUGGGGGCACCACCACCACUCACACAGAUACCAGGCAUGGUACCUCCCAUGAUGCCAGGAAUGCUGAUGCCAGCGGUGCCUGUCACCGCAGCGACGGCUCCGGGUGCGGACACCGCCAGCUCUGCUGUGACUGGGACAGGCCCUCUGAGGGCCCUGUGGAGUGAACACGUGGCCCCCGAUGGGCGCAUCUACUACUACAAUGCUGACGACAAGCAGUCCGUGUGGGAGAAGCCCAGCGUUCUCAAGUCCAAGGCAGAGCUGCUGCUGUCACAGUGUCCCUGGAAAGAGUACAAGUCUGACACAGGCAAACCAUACUACUACAAUAACCAGAGUAAGGAGUCCCGGUGGACCCGGCCCAAGGACCUGGAUGACCUUGAGGCUCUAGUCAAACAGGAGGCUGCUGGGAAGCAGCAGCAGCAGCAGCCACAGGCACUGCAGCCACAGCCUCCACAGCCACAGCCCGACCCCCCACCCGCACCGCCCGGCCCCAUGCCAGUACCCACGGGCCUCCUGGAACCUGAACCAGGUGGGAGCGAAGAUUGUGAUGUGUCAGAGGCAGCCCAGCCCCUGGAGCAGGGCUUCCUGCAGCAGGUGGAAGAGGGGCCCACCAGUUCUACUGGACAACAUCAACCACUACAGCAGGAAGAAGAAGAACCAAAACCAGAACCAGAGAGAUCUGGCUUCAGUUGGAGCAACCGAGAGAAGGCAAAACAGGCCUUCAAGGAACUGCUGAGGGACAAGGCUGUCCCUUCCAAUGCCUCGUGGGAACAGGCCAUGAAGAUGGUGGUCACUGACCCCCGUUACAGUGCUUUGCCCAAGUUGAGUGAGAAAAAGCAAGCAUUCAAUGCCUACAAGGCACAGCGGGAGAAGGAAGAGAAGGAAGAGGCCCGGCUCCGGGCCAAAGAGGCCAAGCAGACCUUGCAGCAUUUCCUGGAGCAGCAUGAACGCAUGACCUCUACCACCCGCUACCGGCGGGCAGAACAGACCUUUGGGGAGCUGGAGGUCUGGGCUGUGGUCCCUGAGAGGGAUCGAAAAGAGGUUUAUGAUGAUGUCCUGUUCUUCCUGGCCAAGAAGGAGAAGGAACAGGCCAAACAACUUCGGCGCCGAAACAUCCAGGCCCUGAAGAGCAUCCUGGAUGGCAUGAGUAGCGUCAACUUCCAAACAACAUGGUCCCAAGCCCAGCAGUACCUCAUGGAUAACCCCAGCUUUGCUCAGGACCAUCAGUUGCAGAAUAUGGAUAAGGAAGAUGCAUUGAUCUGCUUUGAGGAGCACAUCCGAGCUUUGGAGAGGGAGGAGGAAGAGGAGCGGGAGCGGGCCCGGCUUCGGGAGCGGCGCCAGCAACGCAAGAACCGGGAGGCCUUCCAGAGCUUCCUGGACGAGCUGCACGAGACAGGGCAGCUGCACUCUAUGUCCACUUGGAUGGAGUUGUACCCAGCAGUCAGCACCGAUGUCCGCUUUGCCAACAUGUUGGGCCAGCCGGGCUCCACCCCUCUGGACUUGUUCAAGUUCUAUGUGGAGGAGUUGAAGGCACGCUUCCAUGAUGAGAAGAAGAUCAUUAAAGACAUCCUUAAGGACCGGGGCUUCUGCGUGGAAGUGAACACAGCCUUUGAGGACUUCGCUCACGUCAUAAGCUUUGACAAGAGGGCUGCUGCGCUGGACGCAGGCAACAUCAAGCUGACCUUUAAUAGUCUGCUGGAGAAAGCAGAAGCACGGGAGAGAGAGCGGGAGAAGGAGGAGGCACGGAGGAUGCGGCGCAGGGAAGCUGCCUUUCGAAGCAUGCUGAGACAGGCCGUGCCUGCUCUGGAGCUGGGCACUGCCUGGGAAGAGGUCCGUGAGCGCUUUGUGUGCGACUCAGCCUUUGAGCAGAUCACCCUGGAGUCGGAGCGGAUCCGGCUCUUCAGGGAGUUCCUGCAGGUACUAGAGACUGAAUGCCAGCACCUCCACACCAAAGGCCGCAAGCAUAACAGAAAGGGCAAGAAGCACCAUCGCAAGCGUUCCCACUCGCCCUCAGGCUCUGAGUCAGAGGAGGAGCUGCCCCCACCAUCUCUCCGGCCUCCCAAGCGGAGAAGGCAGAACCCCUCAGAAUCAGGCUCUGACCCCUCUUCCUCACUUGAUUCAGUUGAAAGUGGGGGCGCUGCCAUUGGAGUACGGGGCUCCCCAUCCUCCCGUAUUCUCGGAUCAGAUCACGGCCUUCGGAAAGCCAAGAAACCAAAAAAGAAAACUAAGAAGAGAAGACACAAGUCGAACAGCCCUGAGAGCGAGACAGACCCCGAGGAGAAAGCCGGCAAGGAGAGUGAUGAGAAAGAGCCAGAACAGGACAAGGACAGCGAGCUCCAGCGGACAGAGCUCCUUAACCGCUCCCCAGGCUUUGGAAUCAAGAAGGAGAAGACGGGCUGGGACACAUCAGAGAGCGAGCUGAGCGAGGGCGAGCUGGAAAGGCGGCGGCGGACACUCCUGCAGCAGCUGGAUGACCAUCAGUGACCCGAUGAGCCACUUGCCUUGGGUCUGUGAGGCUGUGGCUCCUAGGUCACCCUCACCAUCUGCCUCAGACACCUUCCUUGGUCUGCUCUGGGCCCACUUUUCCUCAAGUAAUCCCACCCUCUCACACCAUUGCCAGCCAGACCUUGAGGUGGCUCUUGGUGUUCAAGGGUCCCUGACUUCCCGGACAAUUAGUGCAGUCCUUGCCCUCAGCACAGAAAUUGGUGGCAGAUGCCAUAUGGGGUGGGUGGUACCAGUAGAUAAAAAUAUGAGAAGGGGCCUCCAGGGGAAGUGUGACUGGCUGGUGGACACAGCCUGGGUGGAGGGUAGGGUUACCCUCUAGCAUCAGUGCCUGCUCCUGCCUGCCCGGACCCUGGGGUUCUACCAUUUCUUCCUUCAGCCCCAGGAUCCAAUAUAUGUGUGUUUGGUUUUGGUUUUGUUUUUUAAAUAACAAUAUUUAUAACAUG